AUGUUUUCUUCCUGGUUCCAUUAAAUAGUAAACUCUCCUUGACUUUGGAUAUCAGAGUGGAGCAACUUUUGCCAAAGCGAAUUAUUAAAAAUAGCUGUCUAUCGAAGCUGACUGCGUGUGAAGGAGAAGCGUCCAAAUACAAAAUAAAUUUGUGAUUACAUCCUCGCCACCACGCCCACCCUCCCACAUAUUUGAGGAACCCCCCUGUCCGCGUCUCGCAAGGCGCUUGUGACCCGCGUCUCGCAAGGCGCUUGUGAAGAACCUGCGGACCGAGCCGUGCAUUGCUAUGGCUCUGCUGACCCUGCACCGGCCCCCGUCCAUCUCCACGGCUCCGGAUGAAAGCAUUCCAAGAAGAGGCAGACUUCAGAAAAGGGAGAGCUUUGCUCUGGUCAAGGGGGCCGUCCUUCUCUUGGAGGGAGAGAGGGAGGAGCCUCAUGAAGAGACAUCACCCAAUCACUCUUCUUCACCCCUGAAGCUGGGGGGCGGAGCUUCAGACACACAGCACAGACAUCUGCAUGCCAUGGUGUCAUUACUAAGACCAGAGGACACUAUCAAACUGGCAGUGAGGUUGGAGUCAGUGAGUCCAGUCAGAGUGAGGUAUCUGAUCGUGGUCUCCACCCUCGGUAACAAACAGGAGAGCAUUCUCCUGGGCAUGGACUUCCCCGACACAGACAGUGAUCAGUGUACUAUCGGUAUGGUUGUGCCCAUAUGGAGUGCCACACAAGUGUACCUGGACGGAGAUGGUGGGUUCAGUGUCACGUCAGCAGAAGAGACAAGAAUCUUCAAGCCUGUUUCCAUACAGACCAUGUGGUCAGUGUUGCAGGCGCUGCAUGGCUGCUGUGAGCGGGCGGUGAAGGGUGCAGUGAUUCCAGGCUGUGGGCUGGACUGGGCCCAACACUACUAUGGGCAUGUGGAGUCUAAUCGCCUCUGUCUAAACGAGUGGGGAGCCAUGACAGGCCUGGAGUCAAUUAGGAGGGACAGCGCCGGACAGAGCUCGACGGAGAGGGUGUCUGUGGAGAGGCAGAUCAAAGAGGAACUCCGAGACAUCAUGAGAACAGAGGACCUGGAGAACAUCACCUCCAAACAGGUCCGCAGUGCCCUGGAGACCAGGAUAGGCAUGGAUAUGAAGAACUACAAGGAAUACAUCGACAAUGAAAUGAUGGUCACCAUGGCGCAGAUGGACAAGCCCUCCAAAAUAUUUGACUAUUUGUACCUGGGGUCUGAGUGGAAUGCUGCCAACUUUGAGGAGCUACAGAAAAACAAUGUGGGCUACAUCCUGAACAUUACGCGGGAGAUCGAUAACUUCUUCCCAGAGUCCUUCAGCUACAUGAACAUCAGGGUGUACGACGUGGAGGCUACAGACCUGCUGUCACACUGGAAAGACACAUACACCUUCAUCAACACAGCCAGGCAGAGUGGCAAGGCGGUGCUGGUGCACUGUAAGAUGGGCGUGUCUCGCUCUGGGUCCACGGUGGUGGCGUACGCCAUGAAGGAGCAGCGCUGGCCCCUGGAGGUGGCUCUGUCCUACGUCAGGGACCGCAGGCCCAUUGUCCAGCCCAACGUCGGCUUCAUGAAGCAACUCCACACCUACAGCGGCAUCCUUAACGCCAGUCAGCAGCGCCACAGCGCUCUCUGGAGGCGGAUGUCGCGAGAGAAGAGAAAGAGGUCUGCUGCUUCACGCAGCAAUGAUGAGGAGGACGAAGAGGAGGAGGAGGGGAGUGACGAAGAGGAGGAGGAGGAUGAAGAAGAGAUGGGGAGUCCGGAUGAAGUUGAUGAGGCAGAUAAAGAGGUAUUUGAAGAGCCUGCCCCCAAGGUUGAGACUGACGCAGACGCUUCACCCACGGAACCGGCCGCCCCACCCACAGACCCGGCCGCCCCACCCACGGACCCGGCCGCCCCACCCACGGACCCGGCCGCCCCACCCACGGAACCGGCCGCCCCACCCACGGAACCGGCCGCCCCACCCACGGAACCGGCCGCCCCACCCACGGAACCGUCUGCAGCCAAUCCCCUCAUCACUGUACACGACAGUGACAAGGCGUCCUCUCAGAGCCCCAGUCGCAGUGGCAGGAUGAACCUCUUCUCUCUCAUGCAGUCCAUCAACGAACUGGACAAUGAGGACCUAAGGAAUGAACAGAUUGCCAACAGUCACCGGCGGUCUCCAGGGCAGCGGAGGCAGAGUCAUGGACGGAAGGGCCUCAUGCAUCAGAGGGCCCAUGUGGAUGUUUCACCUGAGCCAAGCAGCCUAUCAGAUCCCAUAAAAUGUGAAGGGGCGGGGCCAAGUAAACCUGGGUCCAGGGAAGGAGAUACCAAGAUGAUGGAAGGGCGGUAGAGGGGGAGAGAGAAGGGGAGAAUGGAUGGAGAAAGAGAAGCCUAGAGUAGACACUAAUAGGAAGAGAUUAAAUGUUCUGCCUUCUUUCAAGCUAUAAACAUGAAUCACCCAAAGGUAUUUAUAUACAUCAUACUACUUAAGCCUUGUUCACACUGCAGGCCUUAAAGCUAAAAUCAGUGUUUUUCAAUUCUGUUUUGGAAUACUGACUGUCCAAACAGCAAGUUACAAGUGACCAAAUCAGAUUUGUGUUUGUUCAGACAGCAGGCAUUUGCUUACAUGGCUACACUAGUUAUCAUAGUAAUGAUGGGUGUGUGCGCGCGGUGGUGUAGGCUGAUUGGUGGUGUAGCAAUAAGUCAUUUUUGACUAGCCAAAGCAGUCAACUAGCACAUUCACUAAUUUGUUUGUAAACAAUUAACAAGCUCGUUAGCUACCAUGUUCUUGUCAAACUGUCAACAGAGUGGCUAGCAAGCAACAAGAUAUGCCAAAUGAGUCUAAAAACCAUUAGCGGGCAAAUAAAUCCGAUUUGACUGUUCAGACAAGUUGCAUGGCCAGGAAUCUGAUUAGUACCUGAUUUCAACCCACCUACGAAGGUGAAAUAUGUUUCUGUUCAUACUGCAGGAAAAAGAACAGAUUUGAAUCGUAUAUGCAUUUUUUUUUUUGUUACUUCAAACUGCCAAUGUGAACAAGGCUUUAGACUCCCAACUAUCAUAGCGUUAUACACGGAGUAUACAAAACAUUCAUUGGGGAAUGGACUCUACAAGCUGUCAAGCGUUCCCACAGGGAUGCUGGCAAAUGUUGACUUCAAUCCUCGCCACAGCUGUGUCAAGUUGGCUGGAUGUCCUCAAACACAGGAAACUGUUGAGUGUGAAAAAUCCAGCAGCGUUGCAGUUCUUGACACUCAAACCGGGGUACCUGGCACCUUACACCGUUCAAAUGCACUUAAAUAUUUUGUUUAGCUGAUUUCACCCACUGAAUGGCACACAAACACAAUCCUCGUCUCAAAAAUCCUUCUUUAACCUGUCUCCUCCCCAUCAUCUACACUGAUUUGAAAUGGUGACAUCAAUAAGGGAUCAUAACUUUCUCCUGGAUUCACCUGUCACGGAAAGAGGUGUUCCUAAUGUUUUGUGUACACUGUAUAAUUUGAUUAUUUAAGCGUUAUUCCUUUUGCACAAUAUUUCCUUUUUGGUUCUUUUAAUAUAUCACAAACUGUUCCCCAACACAUUUACACUCCAUUGGUAGUGAUGGCUCACUUUGUUUUAUGUCACUGCAGUAUUACGACACCAAUAAUUAUGUGUACGACCAAAGCUUAGUAUUUCUGGUUAGACUUACCUACUGUCACUGAAGUACAUUAUCAUACCGCAUGUGUAGUGUGCCCUCCUUCUCUCAUGACCUAUGACCUCUAUGGUUUCAUAUCUAUGCAAUAAUUAAUUUGUAUUCUCUGAAUUUGAGGCUGCCAGUUCAGGUUGUGUAUUUUAAGUGCCCUUAUUUUAUGGAUUUUCUUUUUUUUUUAAACGCACAUACAAGCUAGAUCUUUUUACUUUAUGAAAAUGGCAUGCUAAUUCAUGCUGGCUCAAUGAUCCAAAACUUGAAUUUUCUCACUGAGGUUUCAAAAUAGUAAUAAUGAGUGACUGUUUUAAGCUGUGUUAUUAUUCUGGACCAAUUCAUGACCAAUCCAAGGGCACCAGACUGUGACAAUGUGUUCCUCUGUGCCAAUUAACUUUCUGUCCUUGAGUUUUAGGGCCCAAUUCAAUCAGAUCUGCUUCAGCAGACAGCCGCGUAGCUAAUGUUUUGACGGUGUUGGAGGUGGAACUGAGUUAGAGCUGUCAAAUUCACAACUGGCUCCCAGCAUGCAGUCGCAUUAAGAAAAAACCCAUGCAGACUUGUUUACAAGUUCGAACACUGGAAUGUGAGAUGUAAUCUACACCUUGAUUACGCUGAUAGAAAUCCUCAUUAUUUUGUUUAAUGAUUUUUCAAUUUGAGCGUAAUUAUUUCUAUAUAGCCUUCACUUUCUCAUUCUGAACUUCUAACGUGAGUGCGGCGGAUGUGGCUUUGUUACAAUGAUCGAGCAGCUGCUCACUGACUUGAGUUCCACUCACCUGCGACACCACCAAAACAUCCGCUAAGCGGUUGCCUGCUAUCUCCGGUUAACGCUUGAACUGAUUGAAUGUAGGCCUUAAUCUAAAGACAACAGAUUUGAGGAUCAUUAGAAAACUCGUACCCUCUUUUUAAAUCUUGGGUGUUAAAUCCCUUUAAAUUAUUGGAGAUGUUUUAAUUUUUUUAAAUAUUUUGCUGUCGUUCCACAAAUAGCCUUGCUGUAAGAGUGCCUUGGACGUGGGACCCAAAUAACCAAGUUAUUACCCGAAUACACAGACCCUGAUUUAAAGUAUUUAUAAUAUCUACGGUAUAUUGCUAUUUCUCUGAGCUGGUGGCUGUUUUUCAUAUUGAUUAAAAGGUUUGUCUUGUUCCUUGCUUGAAUGGGAUUGUGUUAUUAUGUAGCUACUUGCAUUGAAUGCGUUCCUCUGUGUAUGUCCUCUGACUUUGCUGAUUAUGACCAGCGUGCAUGUUAGCGGUCAGGUUACAGUAGGGUUUUUGUCUAUUUUGGACUUUUGAGAGGUUUGAGGUAGUUUUGGCAUUAUGGUAAGUUUCGGAACUUUCCUCAGUUAAACUGAAUGGUUCUUCAUGCUGAUUUCUUUAUCGAUCCAAUGGUUUUUAAAGUCUUCAGCUGGCUGUGUUUUUAUAUUCAUCAUUGAAACCUUCAUCCCAUUGACACUGCCUGAGCCAACCUCUGCUGUUAUGCAAUCAAAUUGAUCAAUGACCUGUAUCUGUUAUUGUUCUGGAUAAGUGUUAUCUCCCCCACUGUUUUCAGCACAUUUGUUUACAGCUAUACUGUAUGAGUGAAUAAAUGUUUCAGAGUAACCAA